CUCUAGCACUCACACACACACACACACACACACACACACAAAUCCCAUUCGCCGGCUAGGACGCAGGAGAAAGGCUUGGAAUAGCGCCGUGCGCCGCUGGUGCCGCAUCCACAUAUGGAUUUCCAUAACCGCGCCUUUAUAUGAGGAUUUGUUUAAUAUGUAAGCGAAUUAUAGCAAUAUUACCUUUUUUAUUACUAUUAUCAUUUCUAGGAAUCGUUUAAGUAAAUUAGGAUAAUAACGCUUUCGGUCAAAGGAAGCAGAUUCAGAGAGGACAUUAUUGUCCGACAUUUGAAACCCUGGUGUGGAUGAGAGUUUAAACCCACAGUGGAUUUAAAGCCCAGCCGCACUGACAGCUGCCCCCGGAGCGCCGGCUCCUCUGUGCCGGAUUAACUUCACUGCUAUAGCGGGGAUCCAGGACACCAUGGCCGGCUUCAUCCCGGGUUUACUGCCCACUACUCAUUCACAGGAGAAAGAGUUCGCCAAAGCCUACGAGGAUGUCCUGGAGAGAUAUAAAGAUGAGCGAGACAGGGUGCAGAAGAAAACCUUCACCAAAUGGGUCAACAAGCACCUUAUCAAGGUGCGGAAGCACAUCACAGACCUGUACGAGGAUCUGCGAGAUGGACACAACCUCAUCUCUCUGCUGGAGGUGCUGUCAGGAGUCACGCUGCCCAGAGAAAAGGGCCGCAUGAGAUUCCAUCGACUGCAGAAUGUGCAGAUUGCCUUGGACUUCCUCAAACAGAGACAGGUCAAACUGGUCAAUAUCAGAAAUGAUGACAUUACAGACGGGAACCCAAAGUUAACCCUGGGCCUGAUUUGGACCAUCAUCCUCCAUUUCCAGAUCUCAGAGAUCUAUGUGAGUGGUGAGUCAGGAGACUUGACAGCCAAGGAGAAGCUUUUGCUCUGGACUCAAAAGGCCAUUGAGGGCUACCCUGGCAUCCGCUGUGUCAACUUCUCCUCCAGCUGGAGUGAUGGGCGCAUGUUUAAUGCCCUCCUGCACAGAUACAGGCCAGACCUGAUUGACAUGGAGCUGGUGGCACGCCAGAGUAACCGUGACAACCUGGAGCAGGCGUUUGAAAUCGCAGAGUCACUAGGGGUGACACGACUUCUGGAUGCUGAAGAUGUGGAUGUACCAUCACCAGAUGAGAAAUCAGUCAUCACGUACGUGUCCUCUAUCUAUGAUGCUUUUCCCAAGAUCCCAGAGGGAGGCGAAGGCAUUACGGCACAAGAGGUUGACCAGCGAUGGGCAGAGUACCAGUCUCAUUUUUCCUCAUUGCUGCAGUGGACGAGGCAGCACACGGCCCUCAUGGCCAGCAAAAACUUCCCCCAGAACCCUGUGGAGCUGAAGGCACUUUAUAAUGAAUAUGUCCACUUCAAAGAAACAGAGAUUCCUGCUAAGGAGACAGAGAAGGGGCACAUCGAACAUCUUUACAAGCUGCUGGAGGUAUGGAUCGAGUUCGGGCGCCUCAAACUUCCACAGGGAUUACACCCUAAUGACCUGGAGGAGCAGUGGGGGAAACUGAUCCUGGAGAUGCUGGAGAGAGAGAAGGCACUGCGGCCUGCUGUGGAAAGACUGGAGUUACUCCUCCAGAUGGCUAAUAAGAUUCAAAACAUGGCUGUGGACUGUGAGGAGAAACUCACCCUGGCCAAGAACACACUGCAGUCGGACAUGUCUCAGCUGGAGAGAGGAGAGCAAGCGCGCUGUGAGCAGGAGCUGGGUGCGUACCUGCAGGACUGUGAGGAUCUGGUCCGCCAAAUGCAACUGGACCUGCAAAUCCUCCGAAAUGAGAAGUACUACCAAGUAGAGCAGCUGGCCUUCAGAGUAACACGUCUGCAGGAAGAGCUGGUCUCCCUGCGACUGCAGUGCUCCAGCGUUUACAGUAAAGGCCGCUUCCUGUCAGGAGGAAUGAUGGGAGAGCAGACUCAGAGGGUCUCCUCAGGGAGCUUGGCUACGCUUGGAGCGAAGACAUUGUUGGGGGCAGCAGGUGUCAUGGCGAACCUGCUCAGACAGCCCAUGUCUCGCUCUGAACUCGUGGCCAUGUCCUCAUCUGAGGAUGAAGGGAGCCUGCGCUUCAUUUAUGAGCUACUGGGAUGGGUGGAGGCAACCCAGGAGCUGCUGGAGCGGGCUGAGUGGGGCACAGACCUGCCGUCUGUAGAUCAGCACUUGCAGGAUCACCACACCAUCCACACUGCCGUGGAGGGGCAGCUGCACAGCCUGAAGGAGGCUCGUAGCUAUGAGCCAAGUGUCUCUUCCAAUUUUCGAAGCAAUUAUUCCGAAACCUUGGCCAAGCUGGAGAGCCAAUACUGCAAGCUGCUCGAACAUUCGUCAUGGCGACUCCGUUGCCUAGAGAGCUUGCGAGCGUUUGUGUCACACUGCACUGAAGAGCUCAUCUGGCUCAAUGAGAAGGAAGAAGAGGAGCUGGCCUUCGACUGGAGCGAGAACAACACUACCAUGACUGUUAAGAGAGACCAGUAUGCCGAAUUGAGGUCAGAGCUGGAGGAAAAACAGGAAGUGAUGCACUCCCUUCAGGAAACAGCCGAUCAGCUGUGUCGGGAGAACCACCCAGCCAAGCAGACUAUAGAGGCCUACAGAGCUGCCUUACAGACACAGUGGCAGUGGGUUGGACAGCUGUGUGUAUGUGUAGAGAAACAUCUCAAGGACAACACGGCGUACUUUCAGUUCAUGAGUGAUACACGAGAAUGUGAGACGUACCUGCGACAGCUUCAGGACACCAUCAAGCGGCAGUACACAUGUGACCAAAACAGCCGACUAGGCAAACUGGAGGAUCUGCUGCAGGACUCCAUGGAAGAGAAGGAGCAGCUGAUCAAGUAUCGUAGCUCAGUGGCCAGCCUGGUAGGGCGGGCCAAGACGGUGGUCCAGCUCCGCCCACGUAGUGCUGACUAUGUUCUGGAUAACGCCACACCCAUCCGGUGCAUCUGUGACUACAAACAAAUAGAGAUAACGGUUAGUAAAGGAGAAGAGUGCGUGUUGGAGGACAACUCGCAAAGGACGAAGUGGAAGAUCAUCAGUCCAACAGGAAAUGAGGCCAUGGUGCCAUCAGUGUGCUUCACAGUUCCACCUCCCAACCAGGAGGCUAUUGACACUGCCAGCAGAGCGGAGCAGCUGUACCAGAAUGUGAUGUCUUUAUGGCACCAGCUGCACAUGAACAUGAAGAGCGUGGUGUCCUGGCACUAUCUGCAGAAGGACAUCAGCAACAUCUCUUCCUGGACUUUAGACACGAUCCGCUUCCAGUCUCCAUCUGACAGACAGCAGGCUCUGGAUAACCUGGACGCCCACCUAGCUGAUUUCCUAGCAGACAGCCACGAGAGUGCCUUGUUUACGGCGGCCGAGAGACGCGAUCUCGAGCAGGGAGCACGGAACUGCCACGAGCACUGCCGAGCAAUGCUGAUCUCCAUGGAGACGGUGGAGAAGGAUGAGUCGGUAUCACGCUCCUACCUCUCAGAGCUGCAGAGCAUCAAGUCUCACCUGCAGGAAGCUGAGCAGAAGUUAAUGUUGGGCAUGCAGUCUCUGCCCUCUAGUGGUACGUCAGGAGAUGGUGCAGGGACUGCUGUUCAUAUUGCAGAGCAGGAGAAGCUGCAUCAUCAUCUGAAGAAUCUGCAGUCGGAUCUGGGUAACGUGUCUCGACGCUGUGUGAGCUUCUUCGAGGAGAAGCCGUCCUCUUCCAGUGUGCCUGUGCUUCGCUCUGAGCUCAAUCUGGUUGUAGAGAAAAGUGAGCGACUCAACUCGCUGUCCUCCGUCUAUCUGCACAAGUUGAAAACGGUAGAUGUGCUGAUGAGAAGCUUACAGGCUGCUGAGAGUCAGGUGAAGAAGUAUGAGGGACGGCUGAGCGAGGAGGACAUAGUACCUGCUGAUACCACUGCUAUCCAGGCUUUAAGAGAACAGAUAAAGAAAUGGCAUUCAGAGGUGAAGGACCAGGACCACGUCUUCCAGUCUCUGAACGCGGAGGUGCAGCGUGCACGUGAAGCAGGCACCCGACUGAGUCAGCUGCAUGCAGAGCGCAGUCCUGAGCUGGAGCGCUAUCAGGAAAAAGCCCAGCAGCUCACAGAGAGAUGGAAUGGAAUACUCAGGCAAAUGGAGACACGGCAAGGUGAUCUGGAGAUGAUAGGCUCAGUGCUGCAGCAGUACCGAGACAGUCACUCAGGUCUUAUACGCUGGAUCGAAGAGACCACAGAGAAACAGGCGAACACUCAGCCCGAGCAGACUGACAGCAAAUCCCUGUCUGAGCAGCUCGCCCAGCAGACGGCUUUGGUGGCUGAGAUUGAACAGAACCAAGUGAAACUGGACGAGUGCCAGACGUACUCGAAACAAUACUGCACUACUGUUAAGGACUAUGAACUGCAGCUGAUGACAUUUAGAGCUUUUGUGGAAUCAACUCAGAAGUCUCCAGUGAAAAGGAGGAGGAUGCAUUCUUCAUCAGAUGCCAUAACACAAGAGUUCAUGGAUCUUCGUACUCGCUACACAGCUCUGGUGACACUGACAACACAACAUGUCAAGUACAUUAGUGAUGCACUGCGGAGACUUGAGGAGGAAGAGAAACAAGUCGAGGAGGAGAGACAAGCCUGUGUGGGUCAGGUCUCAGACCUGCUAGGUUGGGUUAAAGGCCAUCAGGAGAGAGCCACUGGACCAGCCGAGACAUCACUUGCCGCACAACAGGCGAUCAGUGAGCAGUUAGCUUCAAAAAGCGAAGAAGUUGCUGAAGCAAUCAGAAGCACACAAGUCUUCCUCCGUUCAAAACAGGCCAGCAAAUUGUCCCCUGAAGAACGUGCCCAAGUUGCAUUACAGCUGGAUGAAUUAAAAUCUACCUACAGCCAGCUGUGUGACCGUUCUGCUACUCAGCUUCAACAGCUCGAAGAACAGAAGGCCAAAGAGGAGAAACGAAAGGGCAAUGGGAUCAUCGCUGGAGUAAUUGAUCUCGGUACUGUGGAAAUCUUCCCAGUUUUCCAGUCAGCACAGCGAGGCCUUAUAGACCAUGACACAUGCUAUGUACUGCUGGAGGCACAGCUUGUUAGAGGUGGUCUGUUACAUCCUGAUUCCCCUCAGGGUCUUUCAUUAGAAAAGAGUUUAUCAACUGGUCUGAUUGAUAGCCAUAUCUACCAGUCAUUAUCAGAAAUAGAAGCUGCCCUCCAUCUUGUCCAAGAGUCACACUUUACAAAGAGCCAUACAAUACCAGUUGCUGCUGCUAUGGAGGUGGGCUGCAUUAAAGAACAAAUUGGGCUUCGUGUCCUGAAUCUGCAGGUGAGCACCGGAGGCUUUUGGGAUGACUGCAAUAAUGAAAUGCUUAGUCUUGAAAAUGCUAAAGACAGAGGUCUCAUCUCACCUGCUGUUUACGAUAAGCUAUGCUCCUGUCUUGAAAGGCAAGAGCUUAUUGAUCCUAAUACAGCUGAAAAACUCAGUCUGUCCGAGUUUUAUCAGAGAUGCGUUUUGAAUCAGGAGACUGGCCUCCGUCUACUACCAGUAAAUCAGCAGUCAAGGGGAACAAUCUGCUUACGAUCUGGUAUAAAGGUAGGCAUUUUCCGGGCAGCGCAAGAGGGACUGAUUGACCGAGAAGUUACUAUUAGGCUUCUGGAGGCUCAGCUGUUUGCAGGUGGCAUUCCCGAUCCUCGCACUGGUCACCGACUGACAAUUGAUGAAGCUGAGAGGCAUGGGCUUAUGGACCAUGACCUGGCAUGUGCCUUACUGACUCAUCAGUUACAAUCGGGAGGAAUCAUAGACCCAGUUACUGGAGAGCGCCUAGAAUUAGAUGAAUCUAUCCAAAGAAGCCUUCUCUCUCCUCGCAUGGCUUUAAGGGUGCUGGAAUCUCUCUGGGCUUUUAUAGGUAUGUUAUGGCCAGAGUCAGGGGAGUUGCUUCCUAUAACUGAAGCUCUACAGCAAGGUGUCAUUUCAGGUGACUUAGCUCGGAAGGUCUUAAAAAAGCGCCAUUUUCUUAGCGCAAUUUACUCUCCAGAAAGUGGUGAGUUGAUUCCUCUGGGCCAUGCUGAAAAGGUUUUGGGACCAGAAGCUGCAAAGGUCCUUCAGCAGACACGGCUUCCAGACUUUCUCCAUGCAAUGACUCAAACAAGGUCUGUGCAUCACCAGGGCGCUUCCUUCUCAUCACCGCUGUCCUCUUCAGCCACUGCCUCACUGCCACGCCUUCAUUCUGAUGCUUUCUUUUUGGAGGUGUCCAAGCCCCAGGAGCAAGACUUCCACUAUCUCCUCUCUUACCUUAUGACACACAGCUACAUAAAUGCCCACUCAGGAGAGCGUUUGAUCCUGUUGGAACCCGAACUGAUGGAGAUUAUUAAUUUAACCGGAGCAACAAAAGAUCAAAACAGUUGUAAACCACAGUUGAUAGAACCCUCUAACAGAGAGGCAGCAGGAGAUCCCCUGUUUGUGAGGUCAUUAAGUGAAACAAAACAAGAAAAUAUUCAAAUGGAUGUGGAAAAGAGUUUGAAUUUCAGUAUUUCAAGAAAGGAUGAACAAGGAAAACAGAUUCUCUUAGAAGAAAAUGAAACAGCUUUGACUGAUAAUAUUUGUAAGUCUUCUCUUAUGAAUGCUGUACAAAGAGCUGCAGGCAUUUCUUUAAAGGAAACAAGCACUGAUGCUACAUUAGUAGAGCUCUUAGAUACACACUCCAAAGUAUCAGAAACAGAACCUGAGACAUCACCCCUAUUUGCAAAAGAUGCGAAACUGUCCUCAUUCCAAUCAAGUCCAGACACAAAAGAAAAGAGUAGGAGAGAACAACUAGGUUCUUGGCUAGAGGUUGAGAUGCCUCCUUCAGCCUCAGAUAAGAAAAUGCUUGAUGAAAAUCAAGUGGAAUGUGCAACAUCUGUGAAGAAAUUGUUAGACAUAAAGACAGAUAACACUGCUGUUAUAAGUAAAGAUACUGUAGAAGAAAGUCAGACUGAUGGACUUGCAAGAAAAUGCCUACAAGAGAAACAAAUCUUGGUUCAAACAGAUACCAACCGAAACAGGGAAAAUGCAGACUCAUCAAAAAUAAAUUGGACCAUAUCUGUGAGCAAUUCUGAAGAUGCAGACCUUGAUCGUAUGGCAAAGGAGAUGCUACAGGGUGGGCUUUUAACUAUUGGGACCCAGAAAUUGCUCCUUGAUGAGGCUAUAAACCAGGAUCUGAUUCCAGUUAAUACUGCUGUAAAACUAAUGGCUAAAGCAGAGCUUUUUGGUGGUUUCCUGGAUGUGCAUGUAUGUCAGCCACUUAGCCUUGAUGAUAUUAUGCAGAAAAGUGUUCAAGAUGAAGACUUAAUGACUAAGGUUAUCAAAUCGGAAAAGACAAUGGCUGGUGUGUUUGAUGUGGAACAUGGUCGAAUAUGCACUCUAAGGGAGGCUGCCAAAGAAGGACUUUUAGAUACAGAUACAGUAUCUCGCCUUCUCGAGGCUCAGAUUGUCUCUGGAGGAAUUAUUGACUUUGAAAAAGGCAAAAAAGUUUCGGUUAAUGUUGCAGCCAAACGUGGGCUAAUAGAGGAAAAGCAAAAAGAGGAACUACUCUUAUUAGAGAAGUCAUGCCAUGGAAAGAGUUCUGAUCCACAUGAAAUACAAACGAAGUUGAAACUACAACUACAGAUGAAUGGAAUAACAGACCCCAAAACUAAACAGCCUGUACCUCUCCAACAAGCACUUCAAAAAGGUCUUAUUAGUCAUGAUGAAACUGAGAAAAUCCUACUGCAACAGGUAGCUGAAGGUGGAAUCGUGCACCAUGGGUCUGGCAUUCGCCUCAGUGUUACUGAUGCAGUACAGCAAGGCAUCAUUGAUGAUUCACUUGCUCUAAAACUCAAACAGUUUGAGAAGUCAAGACAAAACCAGUUUAGUUCAGAUCCAGAUGCUGCUUUUCUUCAAGCAACUGUAGGCUUCAUUCAUGAUGGUGCUUCAAAUACCAACCUUACACUUACUGAAGCUGCUUCUUGUGGUGUGAUUGAUCAAUCCAUUGUAGAUAAAGUAAUGGACUCUCCAAUGUUAAAAAGUGGUAUUUUGGAUCCACAAAAUGCUUGUAUUUUGCCAUACACAGACCUAAUAAAACAGGGAAAGAUUGACAUUGAGACAGGUUGGAGAUUCCUUGAAGUAAGACCAUUUAGAGGUAUUCCAAACAAAGAAAAUGGUGACCUGAUGACUGUGCCAGAAGCAGUGAGGACUGGUCAAGUUGAUCCCAUUCCAGCACUCAGAUUAUUGCAGAGUCAGGCAGAUUCUGGAGGUAUCAUUAAUAUUUCAAAUGGGGAAAAACUACCUCUUCUUGACGCUAUUGAUAAAAGCCUUGUUCAAAAAGAUGUUGCCAUGGUUAUUGCUAAAAAUCAGUUUUUAAAAGGCGGGUUGGUUGGCUCUGUCAGCGGUCAGAGGGUGUCAAGUCUUGAGGAGGCUGUUCAGGAUGGGCUAAUCUCUAGAGAAAUGGCUGCAGAACUUCGCGAUCACUUUGGACUUGUGGAUCCUCUUGCAUCACAGUGUUUUGCAUAUCAGGAUAGUCCUACAGCAAGGAAUUGUGAAAACCUAGAAGUGAGCACAGUGCAACUUGCUGACAGCGAAGAGCCACAAUCGUGGACUACAGAUCAUCAUAAAGAUAAAUUGGAGAUUGAUACAGAUGAACAGCUACAAGUCCAUCAUCAUUAUCCACCAUCUGAUUUGGUGGAACAAAAGCAUGUGGAUGUUUCAAGCAGCGUUUGGAAAGAUGCUGAUGUAUCAUUAGAGGUUCUAAGUCAGUUUGCUUUAAAAGCAGAAAGAAGGUUACAGGAGGCAAUUGAAGAAUGUAGUCCUAUACAACAUAACGCUGUAGAACCAGAGCAGGAACUAAGACACGUUCAGCAUCCACAAAUAUCUGCAACUGUAUAUGACGUUGGUAAAAGCUAUGACAUUAUACCACAUACCACAAAGCCGUACAUCCAAAUACAGCCAGGUGCUAAAACAGGCAUAAACCUGGAAAACUAUGAGAAGAGUAAUGUCAGAGUUGGUCCAGAUAUCGUCAACAAGGUGCUUGAUGGGCAAGUCAAAAUCGAGAAAGAAACAAAUCGGAUUACCGAGGCAGCAGAACUACAGUCGGUGUCUGAUACAGUCGAUGAAAGUGAAGGGAGCACUGAAGUUAUAGAAGUUAUUGAGGAGCAGAAGAUGCAAGGAAAAAGGAAAGGAAGAGGAAAACAUAAAAAGCAAAUCAAAGUCUGUACAGAAAGCGAUGAAAGGUCAGAGGUUCAACAAUUAGAUAUAAGUAUGACUUCACAGGUAAAGGGUACUGAGGUUGGGAUGGAGUUUGAGGUUAGACGAACUCCAGUGGUACAAGCAUCAUCAUCUGAAAACACCACUGCAAAUGAGUUUGGAAGUGGAGUUUUAGAUGUUGAUGAAAAAGAGGUCAAUGCAGAUGUAGAUAUUAGAGAAAACAGAGUGAUGAUACCUACAGAGGAGGCUAAAGGCAGCCACAUGAACAAAGUAAGCGUUCUUGAAAAAUCUGAGCAUCAUUUAAAAACUCCUGAUGUGAAUGCAGCUUCUCCUGGAUAUGGUGUUGUGAAUGUGACUAUAGAAGCUGAUCUUGGUAUCGAUCAAAAAUCUUCAGAAGAUAAAGUGGUCAAGCAGGUCACAGAGCACAAGUAUAGAACGGAAGCUUUAGUCACCGAUGAGAAACCUAAAGAGGUGGACAUGAAAGGGGAGGCUCAAGUAGAUUUGGAAGUAACUUCACCUAUAGAGAGAAUCAACACCAUGUCCGAAAAAGAUGCAGUCACUAAUGAAAAAUCUGAAGGUCUGUACAUUAAGAAAGGAGUCAAAAUAGAUUCUGAGGUUCUAAAAGCCUCAGAUCUGAAUGAGGCUUCUCUUGUAGACAACACUGAGGAUGCUAGAAAAGAACUUGUAGCCUUUGAUCAAAGACAUGUUAAAGAAGUGAAAGAAUGGAUAGACAUUAAGGUGGAUUCGGAGGUCCUGAAAGAGUACGAGUGUGCGACUUCAAGCAUAGAGAGUACAGAGAACGUAUUCAGAAAGGAAAUUGUAGUCACUGACCAGAAAUCUGAAGAUUUGGAUGUUAUAACAGCUGCAGAUCAGGUUUCUUUUGAAGAGGAUAUUAACGGUAAAUCUGGGACAGAGUUUUUUGUCAGUGAUAAAAGAUUUGCUGCAGAUAUGAAAGAACAGAAAGAAGAUCAAGUGGAUGUAGAUGGUCUAAAGACUAUACGUAUGGGUGUGACUUUACCUAUCGAAGGCAUGGAACCCGUGAUUGAAAAGGACAUUGCAGCCACUGAUCAGAAAUCUGUAGAAGAGAAGAUGAGUGAGGCCAAAGUAGAUUUGAAGGUUAAUACAGAUGACAAACACACCAAGGGCAUGUCUGGAGAAGAUGCUGGUGAUCAGAAGUAUGUGGAAGAACAGAAAGAGAUUAAAAUGGAUUUGAAUAUAAAACUUCCAAGCAUAAUUUCACCUGCAGAGAGCACCAAGAACUAUGACAUUGUCACUGAUGUGAAAGAUUUGGAAGUUAUAACAACACCAGAUAGAACAGAGGGUUCACCUGCAAAGCACAUGGAGAGCAGGUUUACAAAAGUAUCUGUUGAGAUUGAUCAGAAAUCCGUUAAUGGAGAGGUGAAAAUUGACAUGCUGGCCAAAGCAGAAACGAAAGGAGUGCCAGAUACAAGUGAUGAUAUUGAGUCAAUCCCAGAGAGUCUACACGAGGGAAUAGAGAAUGUGAAGAGUGUAGCAGUGUCAAAACAGAGGCACCAUAUGGAAAAUACAAGUCUGGAAGCUGAACCAUCAAAACAUGACCCUGCAGGUUUGGUGAAUGUCCACAAAAAAGAUGAGUUUCAGAGACAAAUGCAAUCCAGAGUCAUAAAUGACAAGUCAAAAACACAGGUUGAGCAUGAAAUAGAUGUCAAUGAGGAUCUUGCCCCAGAUCAAUCGGAUAAGAAGAGGAAAAAGAAAAGAAAAAACAAAAAGGCGAAGAUUGAACAUGCUGAAAAGGAGUCAGAGAAGAGCAAAGCUGAUGAGCCAGUGCAAAGACCACCAGUUGUCCCAACUCAAAGCGAUCCAUUAAACGCAGAAAGAAAAGAUGGAAUGGAACAGUCUCAAAAACCUAACCAGGCACAGCUGGAGAAAGACGCACUUCUGAUGAAAGCCAAAGAAAGCAUUCUUAGGAAAGUCUUUGAGAGGGGUGUCAGUGAGAAACAGGCUGCAGAAGAGUUAGAAGCAUUACGUCAAGGGUCAGCUAAAGAGCGGCAUCCGACAGCUCAGGAGAAAGCCAAGCUAGAGGAGAAAACUUCUUCACUCCAUACAAAGGAAAAUGAGACUGAUGUAAAACAGAUAAAGCAGAUAGACAAAAAUUUAAAGCUUCUACCAAAAUAUAUUUUAACUGGGACAGACUCUAUACAAACCCAUUCUAGCUCGACAGACCUGAGUGAUGAUACCUUUCACAAAAAGAAGGACUUAAGCUGCACUGAGAGUUCAGAUGUUGCUAUUGACCCCAGUAAGCAAAUAUCAACACCUAUAUUUGCUUUAGACAGGCAAGUUGGUGAGGCAAAAACACAAGAAUCUGUACAUCCAAAAAGUGAAAAGCUGAGAGAUUCUGCAAUCCUCAAACAGCCAUAUGCUUCUCUUACUGGGGAAGACAAAGACCACCAAAAAUCUGUUUCAAAAACCAAAGAUGCUGUACCAGAGAGUACAGUAAAUAGGUGUGAACAAACCUCCAAAACAGAGCUGGAGGAUACAAUUAGCAAGGAGCCACUGCAAUCCAUGACUAAGCAAUACUCUUCUCCUGAUAAUGAAUUCAAAGAUGAAUCAUCCAUUGAAGAGUCUUCAGACUCAAGACUGUCUUAUUUAGAAGAGGUCUCUGAGUCUGAUACUACAGAAUGCUGGGAAGAGGAGGACUUUGAACAAUGUCAAGAAGGUGUUGAUGAAAAUCAGGCUGAAGACCAUGUCAAUAAACAGAGGACAGCCGCACAGGUAAGCAAGUCCUCUCUGAUCCGGCAAGAAUGCUUGGAACACGAUCAACAAAUUGUAGCACUCCUUUCCAUGGUGCGGCACAUUGAAGUCCGACUUAAGCAACAGCAGCAACAAUUUAUAGGGAAGAGUCUUGCCAUGCUUGAUGACAUCAUUAAACAAACAGAAGCUCUUGCUCUAGAGCUCACUGAUUUGGAGCCCCAAGUAAACAAGGAGGUUGAAGCAGCCAAACAGCUCCUGGAGUCACAGAAUGAAGAUGUCCCACCGCAGUUAAUCACAGCCCUGAACAUGGACCAACAGAGUUUGUCCCGUACAAUUCAUGCCGCAAGAAAACUGGCUGAGAGCGCUCUACAAGGGAUGCAAUCACAUCGUGAUACCCAGAAGGAGGCAGUGCGUACUGAGUUGGAGUCUCUGACUGGGCGAGUGGACAGUCUUCUCAGCUGGCUUAAAGACACAGAAACUCAGAUGGCGCAAGAGGCAGAUUCAACUGAGGAUGCAACAAUUAAAGAGAAUGAGAGAAGAACAUUAGAGUGGCUCAUGCAAAAACUGCAAGUAGUCAAGGAUAUACAGGAGUGCCUCACAAACCGCUCCAGUGAUGUAAAUGCUGUGGCGUUUGACAUCCAGGUGUUCAUCUCAGAGCGUGCACAGGAUCUCGCACCUGAGCAAAGCAGGCGACUGCUAAGACAGCUGCAGCAGCUUCAGAAUGCCUUUCACCAGGCCUCCGGUCGCACCCACGCCAGGGCUGAAGCCCUCUCUGUCCAAUGUGUCAGAGAAGAGGAGCGAGAGCAGAAAGAACGAGAGAGGGAACAAGAUGAAAAAGAGAGAGAGAAGCAGAGACAGACUGCUAAGGAGAGAGAGGUAGUGCAGCAGCAGAAAGCAGAGUGCUCACAGAAGCUUGAAGACCUCACUAUGUGGUUGGCUGGUGUAGCGAGCUUGCUGGCCAGUCAGAGAACAGGAGCUGAGUCAGAUGACGUGAAUGUACUUCAGCAAAAGCACAGUGAACUCAAGGAGGUGCAAAAAGAUCUUCAGACCAAAGCUGAUAGUAUGUUGGAGACAAUCCGGUCAGUGGAGGAGUUCCUAGCUGAACGUGGCGAGGAUCUGAGUCCAGAGGAAAGGGCUAAACUGCAAAUAGCACUGACACAUAUGAAAGAGCAAUAUCACACCCUCACAGACUCUGCCCAGUCCUCAUUAGCUCAGCUGGACUCAACUAUCAAUACAACACUUCAGCAAAACACCCAAAGGGCUAAAGCAGAGGAGCAGCUGCAGGAGACUCAGGGAAAAAUCGAUGUGCUGCUUAAGGAGUUAUCAUCACUGGACACCUCUAGGAGGAAUUCUCUUGGUGAGACGGUUCCAGAUGCCAGUGUUCCACUGCGGUCACUGAACUCACACAACGACAUGCUGAAGGAUGAAUUCCAGCAGUUACAAGCCCAGCAGGCUCACCUCCUACAGAUAGCCCAGUCUACACACUCUAUACUGGAGCAGCCAGACUCCAGUGUGCCCCUGGAAGAGAAGCAGCGCCUACGUGCCAGACUAGAUCACCUACAGAGCCAGCACCAGGAACGUCUCCAGAGCUGCCAGGAGAGACUAAGACGGACUGAAGCACUUCAGGAUGACCUCUCCAAAUUCAUGGAAGAACAUGGCAACCUGGGUGCAUGGCUGGAGCAGAGCGAGCGGGAACUGCAUUCCUUAAAGGAAGGAGAAGCCGAUGCACAGGGUCUGAAAGACAGGCUGGAGGAGCAUAAAAAGCUGGCAGAUGAUGUGAUCUGCCACAAGGCAGACUUGCGCUUCGUGUCUAUUUCUGGACAGAAGGUACUGGAUUCAAUACAAGGGUCUCAGGAAAGGGUGGGUGCUAUUGACCCAGCUCUAGAGGACACAUGGCAGCUUGUCAGUAAUAAGCUACAAGAUGCAACUCGACGCUACAGUUCUCUACAGAACAAGUCUGUCGAUCUUGGUACCCAUCUGUCCAGUCUACUGGAUCGCUACCAGCUGUACCAGGAUGAGGUUACAGCUCUGGAUUCAUGGCUCACUGCUCAGGAGAAGAACCAGAGCAUACUGAAACCCAGUGGAGAGCAGACGGAUACGCAGACACUACAAAAUACACUGAGCACUGUACAGCAUCUGCAAGAUGAGCUCACUGAGCACUCAGUACAAAUGAAGAAGGUGAGGAAAGCUGGGGAAGAGCUCACCAGCACCCAGGAAUCUCCCAAACUCAAGAGAGCAGAUAUCAACACCACCACAGAUAACCUUGAGAAGCGCUUUGAAACUCUGUCAGAGUGUGUGUCUCAGAGAGCUGAGCAACUCCAGACCGCUGUUGCUCAGUCUGUCAGUGUUCAGGAAGGACUCAAAGCACUGCUCUCCUGGCUGGAUGCUCUAGCAUUAGACCCUGGACCAGUCCAACCGACUGCCCAAGCAGUGCAGCAGGCUAUCACCCAAAAUCAGAAACUGCGGCAGGAAUUAUUGUCACGACAAGGCAGUGUGGAGGCCACCUGCGACUCUGUGUCUAAGCUGUUGAAAUCAGCAGAUGCAUCCACAGUCUCUGGUCUGCAGGGGGCACUGCAGGACCUAAAUCAGCGCUACAAUGCAGCCCAGACCAAACAGGCUGAAAAAGAAGCUGAACUGCGGGUAGUUCUGCCCAAGCUGGAGGGCUUCGAGCGCCUGAACUCGGACCUUCACGAGUUCACACAGAGCCAUGAGAGAGUUCUAAGUCUCGGAGGCCUGCCAGACCACAGUGUCGAGGAUUAUAAACACACCAUAGAGGAGGUAAAAUCAGAUCUUGUCCAAGAAACAAGUCGGGUGAAGUCUUUUGUGGAGCUUGGUACAGAUCUGAGCAACUCAAGGCUAUUUGCCGAUGCACAAAGUCUCCUGGACUCAACCAAAGAGGUGUCUGAAGAGUUUGGCCGACUAGAAGCCAGCGUCAGUGAGAGGCUUAAUUCUAUCCAGAAAUGUGACCAGCAGUUGGUGGAGUUCCGCUCCCUUUCUGGCUCUCUGCUCAGAUGGCUGCAGAUGGCACAAGAGCAGCUGCCUGCUAAAGAACCCAACCUAAACACAGAGGGCCUUCGGAGGAGAGUACAGCAGCUCAAGGACCUGCUGAGUGAGUGGGAGUCCCAGGGCAAUCAAGUUCAGGAGCUAAACAAGAGCGGAUCAGAGCUAGAGAGUCUAAUCAUCAGCAUCACUGCUCCACAAAACAAGACUAGUGUCCCCACGCUCAAUGGUGCCGGUGGCUCCAGCAGUCUCAAUGGCAUUCACACCUGCAGAGACCUGACUGAGAUCCAGGUGGUGGUGGCGGACGUAAACAGCAGGUAUGAGCAGCUGGGUGGGGAUCUUCAGGAGAGGCAGAGCAGACAGGAAGCUUCUCUGGAGCUGUGCAAGAAGGUCAGGCAGGACUCUGAGGCUCUGUACCAGUGGCUUGGUCCUCGGGAACAGAGCCUGGCACAGGGCCAGACCGCAUCACCUUCACGGCCAGAGGUGGUUCGUGCCCAGGCCCAAGAAAACAAGGCCUUGCUGUCUGAACUCACAGAACAUUCAGGGAAAGUAGAGGACCUGAAGAACACCCUAAAGCAGCUGAUACAAGAAAAUCCUGACUCCCCUGAAGCAGACACCUGGAAACAACAACUAAAAGACUUAGAAAAUCGAUGGGAGAAAGCCAAUCAAACUGCAGCACAACGACAGUCAGAUCUGGAGACAUGCGCUGACAGAUUGGGUAACUUUGCAUCAGCAGCCAAUCAGCUCAGUCCCUGGCUGCGAGAGAAAGAGCUGAUGAUGAGUGUGCUCGGCCCACUGAGCAUUGAUCCUAAAAUGCUCAACACCCAGAAGCAACAAGUGCAGUUUAUGUUGCGUGAAUUUGAGACACGGCGUGCCCAGUUCGACCAGCUGACCCAGGCAGCACAGGGUAUCCUCUCACCUGUUGGAGAGCAGGGCUCUAGUGACAGCCAGGAUAUAGCUGAGGUGAAGCAGGAGCUGGCCUCCAUAACCCAACAGUGGGAGGAUCUGACUUCUCGCCUGUCCGGACGUUCUGACCAGAUCGAGCGUGCUCAGGGCACCAGUGAAAGCUUCCAGGCUCUGCUAAAGGAGCUCUCACAAAGUUUGUCCCAGUUGGCUGAGAAGCUGGAUGCCCAGGCCUCGCUAAGUGCUCAGCCUGAGGCCCUGCGCCACAGGCUGAAGGAGACAGGAGAGAUCCGGGCAGAGCUUGAGCAGAGGAGAGGCCAACUGGCCCAGGCCGAGCAGCUGUGUGCAGAUCUUAGCGCUAUUGUGGUUGAGCCUUACCUCCGAGAAGAGCUGCAUAAGAGACUAGAAAGUGUCAGCAGCCCACUUAGCAGCCUGGAGGAAAGAGCAGCGGAUGGCUUGUCCCAGCUGCAGGCUGCUCUCUCAAGUACACAGCAGUUCCAGCAGAUGUUUGUAGAGCUCCGUACCUGGUUAGAUGAACAGGCAGCUGCAAAUACACCCAGUAUGUCUGAUCCUCUCCCCUGCCAGCCAGAAGUUCUGCAAGCCCUUCUCUCCCAACAAGAAGAACUUCAGCGUGGUGUGGCACAACAACGAGGGUCAUAUGAGCUCAUCCAGGCUGAAGGAGCAUCUAUCCUGGCAUCACUUCCUGCUGGAGAUGAGCGCUCAGGUCUGCAGGCUCGACUAUCCAAACUGCGCCAAGACUGGGAGGACGUAAACCAGCGCAUCACAGAAAAGCAAGCACACAUCAAGGAGACACUGGGUCGUGCUGUACAAUACAGGCAGCAUCGUGAUGAACUGGGUCCCUGGCUGAAGGACUGUGAGCAGAAGGAGACAGAGAUCCAAACUUCUCUGGAACCUGCUGCCCUCGAAGAAGCCCUGCAGAAAGCAAGACAGUUAGGCUUGGACUUAGAUCGCCGUCGCCCCCUAUUGGAGGCUCUGAAUUCAGCAGCUGACCAGCUCCUGGAGCAGAGCCGGACUGGAGAAGAGGAGGUGAGGGAUGAGAAAGCUCAGCUGAACCGCAGACUGGAUGGACUCUCUGAGAGAUUGUAUGGACGCAUGGCUCAGAUGGAGGAGCUGAACAGCAGGUUGAAAGAAUUCGAAGAUGGUAGACUGGCGGUAGAGAGAAGACUGGAGGCUUCCAGGCAUCAGCUGGAGGUCCAGGAGGCAUUGGGCCCUCAGGCAUGCAGUAACAAGAGUUUAGAACGCCUGCGAAGCCAGCAGGAGGCUCUCAACUCCCUACAGCCACAAGUGGUAUAUCUGCGGGAUCUGGCCAAGGGACUGGCACAGGAUGCACCACAGACAACAGGAGGCAUUGGAGAUGGAGGACAGAAGCUAGUACAACAGGCUCAAAACACAGAGCGGGAGUUUGGAGAAGUGACUGAGAAGAUUGAGCAGUGCUGCUCUUCCCUCGAGUCACGCCUGCAGGGUGUAGGAGAAGUCCAGUCACACGUCCGCGAUAUCUUCUCACGCCUGGCAGACUUGGACGAUGAGCUGGACAGCCUGAGCCCUGUGGGACGGGAUGUGGACUCCCUGGCCUCACAGGCAGACGCAAUAAGGGUAUUCCUGGGUCGUCUGGCCUCCCUGCGGACUGAGAUUGAAGGCCAUGGCGGGGCCUGCACAGCCAUGCUCAGGCGAGAGGGUAGCUCACCUGAUCUCCUCGCUCUCAGGAGGGAGACGGAAGCUUUGAAUCGUCAGGCAGCCAAGCUGGCUGAGCGGGGUCAGGGUCGCCUGGCACUUAUAGAAGAAGCUGAGGAGCGAGUGAAGGAGCUCUAUACUCGCCUAACAGAGCUACAGGGGCUACUUGACCGGGCAGAGGAAGGACUGAAUGCACAAGGUGUUGUGGGAACCGAAGUGGACGUCAUCAAGCAACAGCUCCAGGAAUUUAAGGCUGUGGAGCGAGAGCAGAUAGAUAGCAUCCAUCCCAAACUGCACCAUGUGAAUGCGGUUGGUCAGGGGCUAAUCCAAAGUGCAGCUAAACACACAGACACACAGGCUCUGGAGCAUGACCUGGAAACCACCAACCUGCAGUGGAACUCACUCAACAAAAGGGUCGCUGAGAGAAUCGCUCAGCUCCAGGAAGCCCUUUUGCAUUGUGGGAAGUUUCAAGAUGCUCUGGAGCCUUUGUUAAGCUGGUUGAGUGACACAGAGGAGCUGAUAGCCAAUCAGAAGCCUCCAUCAGCUGAGUACCGUGUGGUUAAAGCACAAAUCCAAGAACAAAAGCUGCUGCAGCGUUUGCUGGAUGACCGGCGUGGAACUGUAGAGAUGAUUCGGGCUGAAGGCGAGCGCAUCGCAGCCACAGCAGAGACACAAGACAGAGAGAAGAUCCAGAGACAGCUGCGAAGCUUGGGAGAACGAUGGACAGAUCUGCUGGACAAGGCCAAUGCCAGGCAACGCCAGCUUGAGGAGCUGCAGGUUCUUGCUCUGCAGUUCCAUGAGUCAGUGGAGCCUUUGGGAGAGUGGCUGAGUGCCACAGAGAGGCGACUGAGUACCGCUGAGCCCAUGGGAACACAAGCCUCCAAAAUUAGUCAGCAAAUCAGCCGCCACAAGGCCCUCCAAGAGGAGGUGUUGUCACGGGAGAAAGAGGUGGACCAUCUAGAGGCCAUUGGCCAAUCUCUCUCCCCUCUCAGCUGUGCGGCAGACCGUGAUUGGCUCAGUGAGCGAGUCGGGGCAGUGCGCAGUGGGCACACAGAGCUCCGUAAUUGGUACUCUCGGCGAGCGGCCAUGUUGGAACAGGCCCUGGCCAAUGCACAGCUGUUUGGGGAGGAGGAGGUGGAGGUCCUGAACUGGCUGGCUGAGGUGGCCCAGCGCCUGGCUGAAGUCUCAGUGCAGAGCUACCAGCCCGAACUGCUGGCUGAGCAGCACAAAUACACACUGUCUCUGAAUGAAGAGAUUGUGAGCCGGAAGAAGACAGUGGACCAGGCCAUUAAGAAUGGACAGGCUUUGCUGAAACAGACCACAGGUGAAGAAGUGCUGCUCAUCCAGGAGAAGCUGGAUGGAAUAAAGAGUCGAUAUGCAGAGAUGACAGCAGGCAGCAGCAAGGCUCUCCGUAACCUGGAGCAGGCACUGCAGCUCGCCACCCGAUUUGCCAGCGCCCACGAGGACCUCAACCAAUGGCUCGACUCUGUAGAGGCAGAGCUUAAUAACAUGGAGCCAGACACAACACCGGCCUAUCAAGAGAGACAGAAGGACCUGAAGUGUGUUUCGGCUGAGAAACGCCUCAUUCUGGACACAGUUAAUGAAGUGGGCAGUGCACUGCUGGACCUGGUACCUUGGCGAGCACGUGAAGGUUUGGACCGUCUAGUGGCCGAUGCCAACCAACGCUACAGACAAGCAGACGAGACUAUAAAGCAAAGAGUGCAGCUAGUGCAGGCGGCCAUCCAGAGGUCACAGCAGUAUGAGGAGGCAGUGGAUGCAGAACUGACCUGGGUGGGGGAGACCGAGAGGAAACUGGCUUCCCUGGGGCCUCUUAGUCUGGAACCAGACGUGACUGUGGCUCAGCUCCAAGUCCAGAGAGCUUUCAACAUCGACAUCAUCCGCCACAAGGACACAGUGGACCAGCUUCUCCACACACGAGAGGAUAUCCUUGAGAGCUGCAGUGACCAGCAGAGAGAAGCACUGAAGGUAAAGACCAAUUCACUGAGCACUCGCUAUGAGGCGGUGAGUCAGAACCAUGCGGAAAGAUUCUCAGCACUGGAACAGGCUCAGGUGCUGGUGGCCCGCUUCUGGGAGACAUAUGAGGAGCUGGACCCAUGGUUGGGUGAGACAGAGGCCCUCAUAACCCAGCUGCCUCCCCCUGCCAUUGACACAGAGGCUCUCCGACAACAGCAGGACCAGAUGAGGCUGCUGAGAGAGUCUAUAGCCGAGCACAAACCCCACAUUGACAAGCUACUGAAGAUUGGCCCACAGUUGGCUGAGCUAAGUGUCCAAGAGGGAGCAGCACUGAGACAGCGCUACAGCGAGGCUGAACGACGCUACCUGGCCAUCAAAGAGGACGUCAAAUGUCGAGCUGCAGCACUGGAUGAGGCCUUCUCGCAGUCUGCACAGUUCCAUGAUAAGAUGGACCCCCUGUUGGAGACCCUGGAGGGAGCAGUGCAGCGUUUGCGGCUGCCUCCUCCGGUCGCAGCUGAAGUGGAGAAGAUCCGUGAACAGCUAGCAGAGCACCGGGCAGCUGGGCUAGAACUAGACAAACUGCUGCCCUCCUUUAGCGCCCUAUGUGCCCGUGGGGAAGAGCUCAUCACCCGUGCCGCACAUGAUGACCCUGCUGCUCAGGCUGUGAGAUCUCGGCUCCUGAGACUCCGCUCCCUGUGGGAUGAGAUCAGACAGAGGGCAGAAGAGAGAGAAGGAAAACUGCAGGAUGUACAGGACUUAGCCGGAAAAUUCUGGGCUGAUAUGGCAGCCCUGCUGAGCACUCUGCGAGACUCUCAGGAAAUUGUGAAAGAGCUAGAGGACCCUGGGGUGGAUCCAUCACUGAUCAAACAGCAGAUAGAGGCAGCAGAGGCCAUCAAAGCAGAGACAGACGGCCUGAGGGAGGAGCUGGAGAUUGUUCGCACACUGGGAGCUGACCUCAUCUUUGCUUGUGGAGAAACUGAGAAACCAGAGGUCAAGAAGACCAUCGAUGAGAUGAACGCUGCCUGGGAAGGCUUGAACCGCACAUGGAGAGAGAGGAUGGAGAAGCUGGAGGAGGCUAUGACAGCCUCUGUGCAAUAUCAGGACGCUCUGCAGGGUAUGUUUGACUACAUAGACAACGCUGUCAUCAAACUGUGCGACAUGCAAACCGUAGGAACUGACCUCAGCACCGUCAAACAACAGAUAGAGGAGCUCAAGCAAUUCAAGGUUGAAGUGUACCAGCAGCAGAUAGACAUGGAGAAACUGUGCCACCAGGGGGAGCUACUGCUCAAAAAGGUUUCUGACCAAGCAGACAGAGACAUGAUCCAUGAACCUCUCACUGAGCUCAGGCACCUGUGGGACAAUCUCGGAGACAAGAUCACUCUCAGACAGCACAAGCUGGAAGGAGCUCUUCUAGCCCUGGGUCAGUUUCAGCACGCUCUAUCUGAGCUGCAGUCCUGGUUAAGCCACACACAUGCCACCCUGGACACCCAAAGACCCGUCAGCUCCGACCCCAAAGCCAUCGAGAUUGAGCUGGCCAAACACCAUGUGUUGCGCAACGACGUCCUGUCCCAUCGAGCCACAGUGGAGACAGUGAACAGUGCAGGGUCAGAGCUGCUGGAGUCCAGUCCUGGAGACGAGGCUAGCCACCUGAGAGACCAGCUGGAUGAGCUGAACCACAGCUGGGACAACAUACUCCUGAAGACAGAUGAGAGACAGAAACUACUAGAAACGGCACUGCAGCAGGCGGAGGGUUUCCAUGGUGAGCUGGAGGAGUUCCUGCAGUGGCUGAGACGCACAGAGAGUCAGCUAUCAGCAGCCAAACCCACAGGUGGCCUUCCAGAGACAGCCAGGGAGCAGCUGCAGCAGCACAUGGAGCUGCAGGCUCAGUUGGCACAGCGUGGUGAACAGUACCACCGACUACAAGACCAGGGAGAGUCCAUGCUGUUGGCCAGAGGGGGUGAGGAAACAAGCCCUGGUACCACUCAAACCCAGCAGAACCUGGCCCUGCUCCAAAACAAGUGGACCAGUCUGAAUGCCAAGAUGGACGACAGGAGGGCUAAGCUGGAGGAAGCAGUAUCACUGGCAACAGGAUUCCAAUCGUCGCUGCAGGACACCAUUAACUGGCUGACGCAGGCUGAGCAGACUCUGAACAUGGCUCAGCCACCUAGUCUCAUCCUUGAUACUGUCCUCUUCCAGAUAGAUGAGCACAAGGUGUUUGUAAAUGAGGUGAACACACACAGGGAGCAGGUGUUGGCUCUGGAGAAGGCAGGAUCUCAGCUGCGCUUUGCUAGCCUCAAACAGGAUGUGGUGCUCAUCAAGAACCUCCUGUUGAGUGUGCAAGCUCGCUGGGACAAGCUGGUUCAGAGGUCUCUGGAUAGGGGACGGCACCUGGAUGAGGCUCGCAAGAGAGCCAAACAGUUCCAUGAGGCCUGGAGGAAGCUGACAGACUGGCUGGAGGAGGCUGAGAAAAGACUGGACUCUGAGCUGGAAAUCUCUAAUGAGCCAGAUAAAAUCAAAGUACAGCUCACUAAACAUAAGGAGUUUCAGAAGGCUCUUGGUUCUAAGCAGCCAGUAUAUGACACCACUGUGCGCUCUGGGAAGGCCAUGAGAGACAAAGCUACACUGCCAUCUGACACACAGAAACUAGACCAUCUCCUCGGGGAGGUCAGAGACAAGUGGGACACUGUGUGUGGGAAGAGUGUUGAAAGGCAGCAUAAGUUGGAGGAGGCCUUGCUGUUCUCGGGUCAGUUUGCAGAGGCUCUGCAGGCACUUGUGGACUGGUUGUACCGCAUAGAGCCACAGUUGGCUGAAGACCAGCCUGUCCAUGGAGACCUGGACCUUGUCUCUAAUCUCAUGGAUUCCCAUAAGGCCUUCCAAAAGGAGCUAGGGAAAAGGACCAGUAACAUUCAGGCCCUAAAACGUUCUGCUCGGGAGCUCAUGGAGACAGGCAGGGAUGACACUGCAUGGGUCAAAGUUCAGCUGCAGGAGCUCAGCAACCGCUGGGACACCGUCUGCGCACUGUCUGUCUCCAAACAGACCCGUCUCCAGCAGGCUCUCAAACAGGCUGAGGAGUUCCGCACAGCAGUCCAGAUGUUAUUGGAGUGGCUCUCGGAGGCAGAGCAAACCUUGCGUUUCCGAGGCAUCCUGCCAGAGGAGGUGGAGACUUUGCAGGCCUUGUUGCACACACAUCGUGACUUCAUGCAGACUGUAGAAGAGAAGAGAGUGGAUGUGAACAAAGCAGCUGGCAUGGGGGAGGCCAUACUGGCAGUGUGCCAUCCUGACUGUAUCACCACCAUCAAACACUGGAUCACCAUCAUCAGGGCCCGCUUUGAGGAGGUUUUAACCUGGGCGAAGCAGCAUGAGCAGCGGCUGGAGGCAGCACUCACAGAACUACUCAACAAUGCAACACUGUUAGAAGAGCUGUUGUCAUGGCUACAGUGGGCGGAAACUACAUUAGUGCAACGUGAUACCGAGCCCCUCCCCCAGGACAUCACUCAGCUUAAAACACUGAUCACAGAACACCAGGUCUUCAUGGAGGAGAUGACUCGUAAACAACCUGACGUAGAUAAAGUGACAAAAACCUACAAGAGAAAACCAUCAGAAACUUCUAGCAGUCUUGCUGAGAGACGGGGUGCCCGUAAGCAGCAACAGCAGCAGCAGCCUGCCAUGCAGGUAACUGGAGGAAACCCUCGUCUUAACCAGCUCUGCUCACGAUGGCAACAGGUUUGGCUACUAGCCCUCGACCGCCAGCGCAAGCUCCAUGAUGCCCUCGACAGGCUAGAAGAGCUGAAGGAAUUUGCCAACUUUGACUUUGAUGUGUGGAGGAAGAAGUACAUGCGCUGGAUGAAUCAUAAGAAGUCUCGCGUCAUGGACUUUUUCAGACGCAUCGACAAGGACCAAGAUGGCAAAAUCACUCGGCAGGAAUUUAUCGAUGGCAUCCUGGCUUCAAAAUUCCCCACCAGCAAGCUGGAGAUGACUGCAGUGGCUGACAUCUUUGACCGUGAUGGUGACGGUUACAUUGAUUACUACGAGUUUGUGGCAGCUCUGCAUCCUAAUAAGGAUGCUUACAGACCCACUACAGAUGCAGACAAGAUUGAAGACGAGGUCACCAGACAAGUGGCCCAGUGCAAGUGUGCUAAGAGGUUCCAGGUCGAGCAGAUUGGGGAGAACAAGUACAGGUUCUUCCUUGGGAACCAGUUUGGGGACUCUCAGCAGCUGCGCCUGGUACGGAUCCUGCGCAGCACAGUCAUGGUACGGGUGGGAGGGGGCUGGAUGGCGCUGGACGAGUUCCUGGUCAAGAACGACCCUUGCAGAGUGCAACAUCCAGGACUUAAAAUCCUUCGCUCCGACUCCAGCUGCUCCAUAUCAUCUCGUAUAGCACGUGGACGUACCAACCUGGAGUUGCGGGAGAAGUUCAUUCUUCCCGAAGGAGCCUCGCAGGGUAUGGCAGCGUUCCGCUCCCGUGGCCGACGCUCCAAGCCUUCAUCACGCACGGCCUCACCAACACGCUCCUCCUCCUCAGCCUCGCAGAGUGCACAGAGCUGUGCCUCUGUGCCUUCUGCCCCUGCCACACCCACUGCCUCCUCAAGGUCCUCCCAAUCUCAAUCGCGGGGCUAUGCCAAGCCCUGGCUGGCACACAGUAAAACUCCAACUCCAACCAAGUGCCAGUCCUGCCCAGAGCACGGCCACACCCCUGGGCAUGAGGGAGCCUCCACGUCUAAGCUUAAAAGGCCACCGUUCCAUUCCAGCCGUGGAUCUCUGACGGGUGAAAAUGGUGGAACCACAUCUGCUGCUAAACCUGCACGCUCCGACAAUAAGCGCACUCCGUCCUCAACCAGUGGACCCGCUAGCCGUGCAGGAAGCCGUGCUGGGAGCAGAGCCAGCAGCCGAAGGGGCAGCGAUGCCUCCGAUGCUUCUGAGCUAAUGGAGACGCGCUCAGCCUGCUCGGACACAUCAGACACACCACGCCGUCCGGGCGGCAAACCCUCUAAAAUCCCUACCAUCUCCAAGAAAACCCCCAGUCCCAAAACACCAACAACUAAGAAGUAGUGGGUUUUCACCAUCAUCAGGUGGUGACAGGGGACAGCAGCACAGGGCACUGAUGUAAAUGCUGCAGCAUUUUCUUUUCAUAGUGCAUGCCACUCAAUCUACCUGGCCACCAGCACAGGCAUGUGGGAUUGAUGAGAAUAGAGAUGUGGAACAUCUUUAACUACUCCAGCUGUUCUAAAAGAAAAAAAAACCUGGACACUGUUUACCCCUGAACUGCCCUCUACAACCUACAUAACAGUGCUGCCUUAUUUGUGUUACAAUAUGACUGACUUCAUAGUUUCUUGAACAUGUGACUUGUGAGCUUGGAAAGCAACCAACAACCAACAUGCGCACAUGGACACAUGGAGUGGCACUAACCGCUGGACCUGGGAUUUUAUCUCAGCCCUGUCAAUAUGCAAUGGCAAGCCACUCUUAAGCGCUGACACUGGGAGAUGGUACAGCCACCAUUCCAAUACUGACUCUCAUAGGCACACAUUUCUUUAGGAUUUCUGUGGGAAAAAAACAGUGGUAAUGAUUCUGACAUUUUCUCCACUGUAUGCAAAGCUUCUUGUUGUUCAGCAGAUUUUACUCGAGAACCUCACAAAGUAUUCUGCACCUAGACCAUGUGGUGUGUGUGGUUUGUGUGCUAGUUUCUUUCUUUGCGGAUAAACCUAACAACAAUUCAAGGAAGUGAUGAGCGAUUCAUCAUCUCAUCCUUGCUAAUGAGUCAGAAGCUUGGUCGUGUGACCACGGCUUCCUUUGCUGUCUCAACAAAGCAUCCACUAACUCUCACUGAUGGCAUCUGAUGUCCGCCUGAUGUCCAUAUGUUUGUUUCUACAUUCAGCAAACAAAGAAAGUCCUAAAUCCUGGGAGAACAUAAGUGACUCUUACAGCAGUUUCACACAUGCACUGACAUUUUCUUACAUUUUAAGCUUGACGCUAAUAUCAGGCGUACUCACCUGUGUGUUUUAACCAUGAUUAGUUACACAUAUCAUGUUACAGAGAUCUUUUAGUUGCUUUACAUGAUGAGAAUCCCUUCAAGAAAUUGUGAAUGUUUCAUGGUUAAUUUAUAAUCCUAAUGUAUUUUGCUUUGCUUUUUGCUUUUCAAGUGUAAAAAAAAACAGUGUGUAUUUAUUUUUCAUUACAGUAUAAUACCACAUUCUGGGAAACUCUAGUAUUACAUUACAUCUGAUUAUUUGUUUUGUGCUUUUUUGUGCUUGUGUUUCUGCCUUUGCUCUAAUGAUGUUUCUGAUAAUGGUCGUUAAUGAUAUAAUGAACCACAAAGCUGACUGAUUUCAAUGGUGGCCUUUUUGCCAGCAAUUACAGCCUCUAGAUUAUGUAAAAAAAUUGCUUCCUACUUUGUAGCUGGAAGCUGGUAUAGACAGUCAGAUUGUGGGGUUGCACCACAUACCCCAUGAAAUGACUGUUAACAUAGCCUUGUCUUGGACAAGCUGAAGCAUAUGAAUAUCUAAUGAAAGUGAAAUUGGAAGGUAAUUUUUAUUUAUUUAUUGUGUCUAAGGGAGGGAAGGGGUAAGGGCUACGAAACGGAUUCGCCUUUUGAGUCUGUGCAACUCUCUCAGUAUGAGGAAAAGAUUAAAGGACAGGGUGCGAUUGUGUACAAGUGAAAAGUUAAAAUUAUAAAUUUCUUUUUUGUUCUCUUUUGUAUUAAAAUUAUGCUUGCAGUAAA